AUGGGUAGAUACUGGCUGCUGCCUGGUCUCUUCCUUUCUCUGCCUCUGGUAACAGGGUGGAGCACUUCCAACUGCCUGGUGACCGAAGGCUCCCGACUGCCCCUGAUCUCCCGCUAUUUCACAUUCUGCCAGCACUCCAAGCUGUCCUUUCUUGCUGCAUGCCUCUCCGUGAGCAACCUGACCCAGACCUUGGAAGUUGUACCUCGGGCUGUGGAGGGGCUCUGCCUCAGUGGUACUGUGUCUACUCUGCUUCCAGAUGCUUUCUCUGCUUUUCCGGGUCUCAAGGUCCUGGCACUGAAUCUGCACCUUACCCAACUCCUGCCGGGAGCUCUCCGCGGCCUGGGACAGCUGCAGAGCCUCUCUUUUUUUACCUUUCCUCUUGGGAAACCUCUCUUUCUACCUCCUGAUGCCUUCAGUGACCUGAUUUCCCUCCAGAGACUCCAUAUCUCUGGCCCCUGCCUGGAUAAGAAGGCAGGUAUCCACCUGCCUCCCAGUGUGCAGUGGCUGGGUGUCACGCUCAGUUGCAUUCAGGACAUGGGAGAGCUGGCUGGUAUGUUCCCAGAUCUGGUGCAAGGUUCCUCCUCCCGGGUUUCAUGGACCCUGCAGAAGUUGGAUCUGUCAUUAAACUGGAGGCUGAAGAUGGCUAGUCCUGGGUCCCUCCAGGGUCUCCAGGUAGAGGUUCUGGAUCUGACAAGAACACCACUGGAGGCUGUGUCGGUGAAGGGCCUGGGACUUCAGAAACUCGAUGUCUUGUAUGCACAGACUGCCACGGCCGAGUUGGCUGCUGAGGCUGUUGCCCACUUUGAACUACAGGGCUUGAUUGUGAAAGAAAGCAAGAUAGGAUCUAUAUCUCAGGAGGCCCUGGCUUCCUGCCGCAGCCUAAAGACCUUGGGUCUUUCAAGCACCGGCCUGACCAAGCUGCCACCAGGCUUCCUGACUGCCAUGCCUAGGCUUCAGCGACUGGACCUGGCUGAAAACCAACUGCAGAGCACCGUGCUGUGCAUGAACAAGACGGGAGACGUGUCAGGACUCACGACUCUGGAUCUGUCAGGCAAUGGGUUGCACAUCCUGCCUCCAGCCGCCUUCUCCUGCUUACCACACUUGCGAGAGCUGCUGCUUCGGAACAACCAGCUGCUUUCCCUGGAGGGACACCUAUUCCAGGAUCUCCAGCAACUAGAGACCUUGAAGCUGGAUGGAAAUCCCCUGCUUCACCUGGGUAAGAGCUGGUUGGCGGCUCUGCCUGAAUUGACCACCCUCAGCCUGCUACAUACCCAAAUACCGCUGAGCCCAGAGCCUGGUUUCUGGGGAGCAAAGAGUCUGCGUACCUUGAGCUUGAGUCUUCCCUCUCUCCUUGCUCCUCUCCCUGCUCCGGCAGUAUUGUCACUGCCCAUGUAUCUGACCAGCUUAGAGCUUCAUGUAGCCUCAGGCACGACGCACUGGAUGCUGUCCCCAAGGAUCUUUCCUUCCUUGGAAACCUUGACUAUAAAUGGCAGGGGUCUGAAGCUGAAACUGGGGUCCCAGAAUGCUUCUGACGUCUUCCCUGCUCUCCAAAAGCUCUUCCUGCUUAACAACAGCUUGGAGGCCUUCUGCUCCCAGGGCACCUCCAACCUUUUCCUCUGGCAGCUCCCCAAACUUCAGUCCUUGAGGGUAUGGGGUGCUGGAAGCAGCUCCAGACCCUGCCUUAUUACUGGGCUGCCCAGACUACAGGAGCUGAAGCUGGAGUCUCUUCAGUCCAUAACCCAGCCCCGUUCGGUCCAGCUGGAGGAGCUGGUGGGCGACCUUCCACAGCUCCAGGCCUUACUGCUAUCCAGCACAGGGCUCCAGUCCCUGUCUGCCUCUGCUUUCCAGCACCUGCACAGUCUCCAGGUCUUAGUGCUAGAUCAAGAGAAAGACUUGCUGUUGCAGGACAGUCUGAGGGAGUACAGCCCUCAGAUGCCCCGCUAUAUAUACAUUCUGGAGUCAAACCUGACCUGCCAGUGUGCCAAUGCGUGGAUGGAGCCGUGGGUUAAGCAGUCCACUAAAACGUACAUAUACAUAAGAGGCAAUCGCUUAUGUCCAGAAGUCAGUCUCCCUGCUUGGGGUUCCCUUACCUCCUUUCUCUGGGACCACUGCCCCCAGACGUUGGAGCUGAAACUCUUUUUGGCUAGUUUUGCCUUGGUGUUAGUGCUAAUUGCCUUGCCUCUCCUCCAAGAAGCCAGGAACUCUUGGAUCCCCUACCUGCAGGCCUUGUUCAGGAUUUGGCUCCAGGGUCUGAGGGGUAAGGGAGACGAAGGGAAGAGGUUCCUUUUUGACGUAUUCGUGUCCCACUGCAGGCAAGACCAGGGCUGGGUGAUAGAGGAACUUCUGCCUGCUCUGGAGGGCUUCCUUCCAGCUGGCCUGGGCCUGCGCCUCUGUCUCCCUGAGCGUGACUUUGAGCCUGGUAAGGAUGUAGUUGAUAACGUGGUAGAUAGCAUGAUGAGCAGCCGUACCACACUCUGCGUGUUGAGUGGCCAGGCCCUGUGUAACCCCCGAUGCCACCUGGAGCUCCGCUUGGUCACCUCUCUCCUCCUGGCUGCCCCGUGCCCUCCAGUGUUGCUGCUCGUCUUCUUGGAACCCAUUUCUCGACACCAGCUUCCCGGUUACCACAGACUGGCUCGGCUGCUUCGACGAGGAGACUACUGUCUGUGGCCUGAGGAAGAGGAGAGAAAGAGUGGGUUCUGGACUUGGCUAAGGAGCAGGCUAGGGUAG